GGCACGUACCCGAUGUGACGCGGAAGUGAAUCGCCGAGACGCAAGUGCAAGAAAAUGCAAGUUUUCGGGCCGCCGCGUUAAACAAAGUGUGUCUGGAUUGUCCAAUCGUCUUCUGCUAUUACCAAGCAGAAGAUCUGCAAGAUCAGUCUUCCGUUACACUUGUAUCUUAAGGCAGAAUGUCGCGAGAUUACGAGAGCAGGAGAAGAGGCGGCAGUGGCAGCAGCUCCAGCAGAUUACGAAUGGACACGAGUGUCUCGCAGCCGAGGCCGCACGGCGAGAGCUCCAGUAAGCGCAAGGAGAUCGACAAUGUGAUGCGAAAGGCGCGCGAGUCGCAGUCGAGCUACUGGAACAAGAAGCUACUGGAGGCGGAAGAGCGCGAUCCGAACCGGUGGCGUCACAGCGGCUACAAGGAGCUCUACGUAGGCGGUACCGGCGAGCCCAGCGGCAGGGGACACCCGAGGAGUCCGAGGAGCCCCAGACCGCGCAGCCCGCACAGUCCGCGACCGCGCAGUCCGCGCGCGGCCCGAAGUCGCUCUCCGCGAGAGCGCUCUUCCCGCGAGCACAACCGGAGCAGACCGGCCGCGCGCAGCCCGAGCACGGGCAGCACCUGCUCCGACAGAUCGUGUUCCGUCUGUUCGCCGAAAGAACGACGACGCGUCGUCCCGCCGUCACGCUCGCGCUCGCGCUCGGUCACGCCGGUGCGCAGCAGGCCGCACCCGAAGGAAGUGGUGCCGUCGAGCUCGCGCGCCCUGCCGCCGCGCACCCGGCCGAGAUCGCCGCCGCUCCCGCGUCCGCGUACACCGCCGCCGGCGCCGCAGCCGCCGUCGUCGCGUCAUCAGAAGGAUUACAAGACCUUGAAGGAGAAGGAGGCCAAGGCCCGGCGCAAGGAGAAACACCACAGCAGACUGCCCGAGGACCCGCGAGUCCCAGAGCCCAUCCCACUGAUGCGUAAACCAGUAAAGGUAGAAAAGACACACUCGUCUCAUGGAGCACCGCAAAUGAUGCGACCGCCACCGGAAUCUUCACCCAGCGAUGACAGCGACAGUUCAUCAACUACGUCCCACGUCGGGCCACCGAGGAUGACAUUGUCCGAACGAUUCGGCAAAAUGGCGCAGUGGAGCGUGGACCGCAGGGAUAUGGAAAAUAUGCGCAUCACAAAAGACGGUGAGAAUGCGAUGAAGGUCGUCAUAGAGGGUGAGGAGAGGAUCGCCCGGUUGGGUUACGAUUCGCCGCCGCCUGGACAUUAUCCCGAGUCGCUUUUGGCCCAAGGGCCGAGAGGCCUUGAGUGCUGGGACGAUGUUCGCGUGCGUUACGAUUAUUACAAAGCCAGAGGGUACCUCCGCGACCUCACCCUCGAUGACUACAUCAAAUGGGAGGAAUGGUGGUACAAGUAUCAGGAGUGGUUGGAAGCUGAACGCUUUUACGAACAGUGGGCCUCUUCGAAUCGUCCGUCCGGCAGCAGUCGCAAGAGACGAGGACGGCGCAACAACAAUGCUCACUAAUGAACACGCAAAUCGAUUUUGGAGUCACAUUCGACUUACCGACGAUGUCAUUUAUAAAAUGUACUGAGAUAUCUGUUGUGCUUAUUAUAAGGAUACCGAAGGUGUAUACACACUUUCUUGCAUACUAUAUGCAUCGUAAUAAAAAAAAAUAUAAUUGUUCCACAAAA